AUGUCAGUUGGAGCGCGUGAUUUAUCAAGUGGUGAAUUGUCGUCCUGUAGCUCCGAUGACGAAGGUGAACGUCGUUUGCCGCCAGCAAAAAUACCUCGUAUGCUCAUCUGCAAGAAUUCUAUGAGUGGGGUUGAUUCAAAGAAGCAGAAGAAGAAUUGGAAUUGCGUUUGGCAGUCAGUGUUGCAGGAAAACGCAAUCGAGUCGGCUUUCAAAAGCACCGAGUUCACAUCUAAAAACCUGGUGUCUGUAGAGCGUGGCGCGGAGACGUACUCAUUCCAAGUUACGGAGGCAGAUGAGGCAGCUGAAGAUGGCGUCAAAUUGGGCAGCCGGAAGCGUCCAUUGAAGGAGAGGCUUCCUUCGUGCUCGUUUGACAGGUCGGUCUCCCGUGAGCACUAUGGCGUGGACUUUGACAGCCCUCCAGCCAAGGUUGUGACCGCCAUCACGAAUUUUCUUGAUGAACAGCGUGAAGAUCUGGUGGGUAGGUUGACUGAGAUUUCAAUUGACUCCAUGUGGAAAUGUGGGUCAUUGCUUAUUUCUUUCGGUCGAGGCCGUUUUACCCAUUCUAUCCACAUGUUUUAUGUAGGGAGUAAUGAUUGA